GCCUUGGUGGGGGAAAAGGCAGAAGUUGCGACUGGCUGCCUCUGACAGCGCAAGGAGCCAUGCGAAGUUGGGAAAACCCGGCGGUGAACCAGGGGCAAAUGGAGGAUGGUGUUGGGGUAGUUACUAGCCUGCCGGAACGGAAGAAGAGGGGCCUUUGGGGGCGAUAAGGCCUAAAGGACACUGGAGGGGCCUCGGGAUUUGGGCGAGGAUCACAGGCCUCGUCCACUUAAAGGUGGCUCCGUGCCAAGCCUUCCCAGAGUCAGGUUGAAAAGAACCUUAGGUUUAGACAAGUUGGAGAUGAGAAAUUGGACGACGCAGGAAGUACUGUUGGAGGCGUGUUCCUGACUUUACUACCCUGAGCCGUCCACGGCUGGGGCAGUCCCCGAGGUUCCACCUUAAGGGGCGGGCCGGGGCGGGGCUCCGCUGCCCCUUCCCAGAGGCCGCGCCUGUUGCUGAGCAGAUGCAGUAGCCGAAGCUGCGCGGAGGCACACAGGCCGGGAGACCGUUCUGGGUCCGAGGGUCCGGGCAGGGGUUGAGCCACCAUCUAACCUCAAGCUUUGUCGUGUCGCCGGUUCUGCAGGCACCAUGAGCCAGGACACCGAGGUGGAUAUGAAGGAGGUGGAGCUGAAUGAGUUAGAACCCGAGAAGCAGCCGAUGAACGCGGCGUCUGGGGCUGCCAUGGCCGUGGUGGGAGCGGAGAAGAAUGGUCUGGUGAAGAUCAAGGUGGCGGAAGACGAGGCGGAGGCAGCAGCCGCGGCUAAGUUCACGGGCCUGUCCAAGGAGGAGCUGCUGAAGGUGGCGGGCAGUCCCGGCUGGGUGCGUACCCGCUGGGUGCUGCUGCUGCUCUUCUGGCUCGGCUGGCUCGGCAUGCUGGCGGGUGCAGUGGUCAUAAUCGUGCGGGCGCCGCGCUGUCGGGAGCUACCGGCGCAGAAGUGGUGGCACACGGGCGCCCUCUACCGCAUCGGCGACCUUCAGGCUUUCCAAGGCCACGGCUCGGGCAACUUGGCGGGUCUGAAGGGGCGUCUCGAUUACCUGAGCUCUCUGAAGGUGAAGGGCCUUGUGCUGGGCCCACUUCACAAGAACCAGAAGGACGAUGUCGCUCAGACCGACUUGCUGCAGAUCGACCCCAAUUUUGGCUCCAAGGAAGAUUUUGACAGUCUCUUGCAAUCGGCUAAAAAAAAGAGCAUCCAUGUCAUUCUGGACCUCACUCCCAACUACCGGGGUGAGAACUCGUGGUUCUCCACCCAGGUUGACAGUGUGGCCACCAAGGUGAAGGAUGCUCUGCAGUUUUGGCUGCAAGUUGGCGUGGAUGGGUUCCAGGUUCGGGACAUAGAGAAUCUGAAGGAUGCAUCCUCAUUCUUGGCUGAGUGGGAAAACAUCACCAAGGGCUUCAGUGAAGAUAGGCUCUUGAUUGCAGGGACUAACUCCUCCGACCUUCAGCAGAUCGUGAGCCUACUCGAAUCCAACAAAGACUUGCUGUUGACUAGCUCAUACCUGUCUGAUUCCAGCUUUACUGGGGAGCAUACAAAAUCCCUAGUCACACAGUAUUUGAAUGCCACUGGCAAUCGCUGGUGCAGCUGGAGUUUGUCUCAGGCAGGGCUCCUGACUUCGUUCUUGCCGGCUCAACUUCUCCGACUCUACCAGCUGAUGCUCUUCACCCUGCCAGGAACCCCUGUUUUCAGCUAUGGGGAUGAGAUUGGCCUGAAGGCGGCUGCCCUUCCUGGACAGCCUGUGGAGGCUCCAGUCAUGCUGUGGGAUGAGUCCAGCUUCCCUGACAUCCCAGGGGCUGUAAGUGCCAACAUGACUGUGAAGGGCCAGAGUGAAGACCCUGGCUCCCUCCUUUCCUUGUUCCGGCAGCUGAGUGACCAGCGGAGUAAGGAGCGCUCCCUAUUGCAUGGGGACUUCCAUACAUUCUCCUCUGGGCCUGGACUCUUCUCCUAUAUCCGCCACUGGGACCAGAAUGAGCGUUUUCUGGUAGUGCUUAACUUUGGGGAUGUGGGCCUCUCGGCUGGGCUGCAGGCCUCCGACCUGCCUGCCAGCGCCAGCCUGCCAACCAAGGCUGACCUUGUGCUCAGCACCCAGCCAGGCCGUGAAGAGGGCUCCCCGCUUGAGCUGGAACGCCUGAAACUGGAGCCUCACGAAGGGCUGCUGCUCCGCUUCCCCUAUGUGGCCUGACCCCAGCCUGACGUGGACCCGCUACCCUUCUUUCCUUCCCAGGCCCUUUGGGUUCUGGUUUUUCUCUUUUUUCCCCUUUUUUAAAAAACAAAAACAAAACUGUUGCAGAUUAUAAAUGAACCCCCAAAUAGGGUGUUUUCUGCCUUCAAAUAAAAGUCACCCCUGCCUGGUGA